AUGGCCUCGCAAAUGCUGAAGAGGUCGCUCUCGAUGUCGUCCGUGGCCCGGGCCGGCAGCAACUUGGUCAAGGCGCCCGUGCAGACGCACGGCAUCGAGGGGCGCUACGCGUCGGCCCUCUACUCGGCGGCGCACAAGGGCAACCAGCUCGACCAGGUCGACCGCGAUCUGCAGACCGUCAAGGGCAUCCUCGAGGAGAACGAGAAAUUCCGGGAUUUCGUCCGUGACCCGACGUUGAAGGCCAACAAGAAGAAGGCGACCAUCGCCGAGAUUGCCAAGAAGCUCGGAGCCUGCAAGGAGACCGGCAACUUCCUAGUCCUACUCGCCGAGAAUGGUCGUCUCUCCAAGCUGUCGGCGGCCAUCUCCUCGUACGAAUCCAUCAUGCGCGCCCACCGCGGAGAGCUCUUCGUGCAGGUGACCACCGCCGAGCCGCUGAACCGGGGCAACGAGGGCGCCCUCAACGACGUGCUCAGCCAGUUCACGAAGAAGGGCCAGAAGGUCACCGUCACCUACCAGGUGAAGCCCUCGAUCAUCGGCGGCCUGAUCCUCAACAUUGGCGACAAGUACGUCGACCUGUCCAUCGCCACCAAGAUCAAGAAGUACAGGGAAGCGAUCGCGUCGGCCAUC